AUGUCGGACUACCUACCGGCUACCGGAGAAAGUGACGAUGGGCAUUCUGACAAGCCUGCCGGUGAGAACUCUUAUGCAAAUCAGCAAGGUUUUCUCCUCCAUGGACUUGGAGUUUUUCAAGACUCACUUUUUGUGUUGCAUAAUGAUCCUCUGGUAGGCAAUAUCUCAAUCAGGGUGAUGAAACAAUACGGUGUUCUGGAGUCGUGGACCAAUCUGUUCACUUCUGAUUUUGGUAGAGGAGCUUAUGUGAGAUUUAUUGGCUUGAAGGGGAAUGGUGAUGUUCUUCUUACAAAAAAUGAGAGGCUAAUUUCAGUUGACAUAAAGACUCGAAAGGUCAAGUAUCUUGGGGUACAUGGACAUGCAUUUUGUGUCAAUACUUGCACAGAGAGCGUAGUCUUAAUCGACAAAGUAAAUGGAGGCGUUGGGGAGCAAGCAUGCAUUGUUGCGAUUGACAUUUAUUCGCUUAAGGAGGGAUGUUGGAGAAACCUUAGUGUUUCUGGUCCCGUACUCCCUCUCUGUUGUGAUUCAUCUCAAGUUUCUCUCAAUGGGACUAUCCAUUGGCUUUCCGGAGGUGGUAAUUUUCCUGGCCCGUUCAUUGUGACAUUCAAUUUGGGUACUCAGGUAUUCUCUUUGAUGGAGCUACCAAGGAGUCUAGUUUAUAAAAAGGCACCACGUAGGUUGUCUAUUGCAGUGUUUCAAGACUCACUUUUUGUGUUCGAGAAUGAUUAUUAUGGCAAAGUAUCAAUCUGGAUGAUGAAACAGUAUGGUGCUGUGGAGUCGUGGACCAAUCUGUUUAGUCUUGAUUUUGAUAGAGAAAGUUCUGUGAAAGUUAUUGGCUGGAAGAGGAAUGGUGAAGUUCUUUUGACUAAAGAUGAGGAGAUGGUUUCAGUUGACAUUAAGACUCAAGAGUUCAAGAAUGUUGGGAUGCGUGGAUAUGAUGAGCCAUUUUGUGUCAAUGUUUACACAGAGAGCUUAGUGCUAAUUGACAAAGUACAUGGAGGCUUCGGUAAGCAAGCACGCUCUUCUCUGUUGCAGGCACCAAGAACAGAGUUUGAGGAACCAAGAAAAUUAUAA